AUGCCUGUGCGAGCGAGCAGCCUUUCUGCCUCUAGAGUACAGCAUCUUGCAAAGGUUCAGGGUGAGGUUGAGGGCAAAGUCGAGAAUGAGGCAGCUCCUGGAGGUGAUGUGCUGGCGACCAGCUCAGUGGCCGACGCGUGGGAAAUUGAACGCGUCUUCAACGGCGGCCGCGCAGUCCAGGAGCUGGCAGCAGCCACGACAACGAUGCAGUGGAUCUUCGCGUGCCGGUACUAUCCCCCACUCUACUAUGAACAUCUCAAGUCUGCCAGAUCCGUGCUUGCCACACAGUGGCUCGAGGAGAUGUUCUUCUCCGACGCACAGGAACACGACAAUCUGCCGUUCGCGUCGUCCACGGCUGACAAGCCCGUAUUGAUUCCCGUGCAGUCCGCCACAAUGUCCUUGGCAGCAUCGAGCACGUCGCAACUCAAGAGUGAGCAUCAGUGCAUGGUAGUAGCAUCCCUGGCUGAGGAUGACCUCACAGGGCGUAUCGAAGCUAUGCUGCACUCGGAACUUCACAACGACCACCACAAGUCUCGGAAUGACCGCGACCACCUUAACAGGAAGUGCCCCCACCCGGGCGACCCCACACACCCUAACGAUAGCACUUCAUAUCCAGACGCCUCUCCCCGUGUCGACAUCUCGCCGCGUGCGAUCUACCAACGCCGCCCCGCUCCUGCACGCCUCUUCGGCCAUCCCAUCUCACAUGGCGCGAAACGCCCACCAACCGACUGCCGUGGGAAUGCACCAUCUUCCGCAACUGCAGGGUGGUCCCUUCCAAACACGACUCUGCCUGUGCUGCUCACGCCGUCGGCGCUCGCGCGGCCGCAGUACGCGAGCAGGAAUUCAGUGUUCCUCACACUGGUCGAGGUGUUCUACAACACGCUCGCGCACGCUCAAGGACGCGGCGCCAGCAGGAGCGCGUCGACGAGCUCGUCUUCACUGCGGUCGAUUUUUUGA